AUGUUGAAAAAUACUACUAAGUGUGAUAAUAUCAUAAAGCGAGAACAAAACAGGGUAUUAUUGCAAAAAAAAUUAUCUAAAGAUUCGGUUACAUCUACAAAAUUUUGCGAUUCUUCUGAAGAAAGAGAAGCAAGCUCAAAUACUAGUAGUAACGUAAGUUUUAAAAUAUUAGAAGAAUCGAACAUUACAAAGAAUUUAAAUGAACAUAAUAGUUAUUCAUUUGAAUGUGAUAAAGAAGAAAACUUGAGCACAAAUUAUAAAAAAUUAAAUAAAAAAAAUUCGAACAAAAUUAAUAAAUCAAACUCUUUAAACAAAACAAACGAAGAAAUUAUACAGGACAAAACAUCUGCACAAAAUAAAAAAAUUCACCACGAAAUUUUGGAAGAACAAGAAAAAGACAAUUGUAUUAAAUUAAACAAGAAUAAAGUAGGAUUAUAUUUUGAUAAUACAACAAAUAGCAUUAAUAAUAAUAUACAAAAGGAUAAUUCUGAUACAUUAGGAACAGAACCUUAUAGUACUCAUAAAUCCAAUUUGAAUGAAACGUUAAAUGUAUCAGGUGAUAUUUCAAACUAUUUACCAGCAACAGUUUCUUCUAAUCAUAUUAUAAAGAAAGAAGAUAGUAAUAUAUAUUAUAACUCAAACGAAAAUAGUACAUAUUAUUAUCCAAAUAAUAAUUCAAAAAAUUAUAUAAAUACGUUUCACAAUAAUUAUAAUACACCUAGCGUUAUAGAUUCUUUUUCAUAUUGUGGUACUAAUUUUCAAUCAGGAAAUAUUAAUGCUUCUUAUAAUGACAAAUAUUUGAAUGCAUAUUCAAAUAAUAAUAUGAUUAAUAGUUCCAUUCAUAAUUCGAUUAAUAAUUCGUUUAAUAAUUCGUAUAAUAAUUCGAUUAAUAAUUCUAUUAGCCAUUUUAAUACUUUAUAUCCAAAUAGUAAUAAUAAUAAUAAUAAUAAUUGGAAUUAUAGCAUGACUAAUAGUUUUAACUCUUAUCCGAAUAACAAUUUGAAUUAUAAUUUAAAUAACCAAUUUAUUAAUGCAUAUCCAAUUAAUAAUUUGAAUUAUAAUUCGAGUAGCCAUUUUAAUAUGUAUCCAAAUAACAAUAUCCUUAUUAAUGACACAUUAAAUAAUACAAAUAGCUAUAUAAAUAAUAUGAAAUAUAGUGGUAAUAAUAUUAUGAGUGCACAGAACAAUAUAUCAAAUGAAACGGAAUUUAUAGGUUCAUACCAUAAUAGUAGUGCACCUAUAAUAAGCAAUGAACAAAAUAAUAUUAGCAGCGUAGGGAAUUCCUCUCUAUAUGUGAAUGAUAAUACAUAUAGUAAUAUGUCAGGAAAGAACAUGUACUCUAGUGUAAUAAAUUAUGAAAACAUUACAGAUGAUAAUAAAAUGAUUAAAAUGGAUAACAAUGUAGUACCCAGCAUAAAUACAUUUUAUAGUAGUAAUAAUAUAGGUGAGAGUACGAAUGGAAAUGUUGUUGUAAGGAAAAAUUAUGUUGAUAAUAAAUAUGAUAAUAAUAGGAAUGAAGAACAUUCUAUAGAGAACGAAGAAAUUUAUAAAUCAAAAACAGUAACAGAAAACGAAACAAUAAAAAAUGACAAUGUUUCUGUGUCUGUUUCUGAAAAGGUUAGUUCACAUACUGAUUAUUCACGCGCUAAGCAUAGUUCUCAUGUAGUUGAUAAAAGAAUAGUACAUGAAGGAUUUGAUACUAUUAAGAUUCCAAAAUAUAGAGAAGUAGAAAUUGUGGAAAAAAUUGUCGAAGUUCCAGUAGUACACAAAGUUAAUAAAUAUGUGAAUAAAUAUGAAAUUAAAGAGGUGGAGAAGGUGGUUAAGAAGCCUAUAAAUAAAUAUGUGGAAACGAAGAUAGAAGUACCUGAAUUACAUUAUCAAGAUAAAAUUGUUGAAGUUCCUGAAUUACAAGAAGUAGUAAAAAUAAUAGAAAAACCUGAAAUCAAAGAAAGAAUUAUAUAUAAAAACAAAAUUGAGACAAAAAUAAUACCUAAAUAUAUUGAAGUUCCAGUAGUAAAGAUAGUGAAUAGAUAUGAAGAAUAUGAUGAUAUUGGAGAAGUCGUAAAAGCUGUUCCAGUAAAAAAAAUUGUAGAAAUACCAAAUGAAGUAAUAAAAAAGGUCAAGGUACCUGUAAAGAAAAUAAUUGAACGACCUAAUUAUGUCCCCGUAAUUAAAUAUAGAGAUAUUCCUAUAGAAAAGAUUAGAUAUGUUCCUAAAAUAGAAACAGUCGAAUUAGUAAAGAAGAUACCUAAAAUAAUAGAUGUGCCAGUACCUGUAAAAGUACCCAAAAUUAAGGUUAUCGAUAAACCAUUUUACAUAAAUAAAUAUGUGGACAAGCCUGUAGUUGUACCUGUUUCUAAGACAAUAAAACCUAUAUAUAAAUAUGAGGGUAAGAAAAUUAUAGAAAUACCAAUACACAAACCAUAUUUAAUUACUCAUGACACGGUGGUUAACAAGAGUGUGGAAAAUAAUAUGAACAGUGGAAGAUAUUCUAUAUAUACUAAAAAAUUAGAUUUGAAUUCAUUUGAUCCGAUAAAACGAAAUGAAUUAUUUAAUUUUGUAAAUAGGGACAAUAUAAAUUUUCAACGAUCAAUGAGUGUAGAUGAUUUCGUUAAUAAUAAUGGUUAUGUUGAUGGAAAGGAAAAGUACUCUAACAAAUUAAAUGAAAAUCGUGUUUUUAAUAAUUAUAAUGGAGUAGGAAAUAAAGAUAAUAUGGAUAAUAUGAAUAGAAUAAAAUUUACGCAAAGUUUGAAUAAUAAUAAUAAUAAUGUGGGUACUAAAAAAUAUUCUAAUAUGGAUGUAUCAUCACAGGAAUAUGGUUAUAUGAAUGAUGGAAAGGAAAAUAUAUAUAAUAAAUAUAAUAAUGUGAAUAAUUUAAAUAUUAAAGGAAUCGAGGAUGUGUCUUUUCAUACAAAGAAAAGUAUAUUUAAUAAUUUAAAUAAUGAUCAUAAUAAUAAUAAUUAUGAGGAAAAAAGAAAAUCAUCCUGUGUUACGAGCAUACAUAAUAAUACACCUAAUGUUUUACCAUAUAGAUAUAAUUCUAUGUAUCCUUUGAAUGGUAACUCUAUGGGAGGGUUUAGUUCAUUAAAUGAUAUUCAAAAUAAAAAAUAUAGUAAUAGUACUAUAGUUGAUAGUGAAAAGGCUAUGAAUUCUACGUAUGGUAACUUUUUAUUACCAAAUGGGGUUUAUAAUAAUGCAUUAUAUAUGGAAAAUAUGAAUAAGAACAAUAUGGUAUAUGAAAAUAAUAAAAAGGACAUUAAUACAAUAAAUUAUAAUAAUAAUAAAAAGGAUAUUAAUACAAUAAAUAAUAAUAAUAAUAUUUAUUAUAGUACGAAUAAUAAAUCUCCUAACAAUAUUCAAAAGUUAAAUAUGAGCAAUUCAAUGAUGAGAACUAACAACUUUAGAAAUCAUGCCAGUAUAUACAGAAAUAGUUAUAUGGAAAAUAAACCAGAUGACAUGUAUUUAAAUAGCUACACAACAAAAGCUAAUAUCAUCAACAGCAACAACAACAAUAAUAAUAAUAAUAAUAGUAAUUAUGUUGCUAAUAGUAGUAUUAAUAAUGCUUUUCCUUAUAAACAAUAUUAUGACAGUAACAAAAAUGGAAACAAUCAACAUAGAUUAAAUGUUCCAAGUAAUAUGGUUCAUAAUAUCAAUAAUUCGAGAACAAGAAGUCCAAGUACAUGUUCAGCAGAUGGAAUCAGUGCAUAUGUAGUGGAAUAUGUUGGUGACGAAAAUAAAAUUUACAGUAAUGGAAAUACACCUAUUUCUUCUAAGAAACAAUGGAAGGAAGUAAUUAUUCCUUUAAAGGAGUACCAGUAA